AUGGAUAAGGGUAGCAAGGCUGGCAGCCGUUCCCACCAGACGGUGGAAGAACUGCUGGAUGUGGAUCUGGAUAUCGACUUCGAGACCGCGUACAACAUGAUCUACGGUACAGUGGAACUGCUCGAAGAAGAGGGGCUGCCGCUGCACGGGUGCGACGGCACAUUUGGCGAUGCAGGGCUGCAGUUCGGGGAGAGCGGCCGGGAUGAAUUGGGUUUGGAUGACGGUGGUGUGCGGGGAAUGCUGCCACACAACCUACUUAGUGUGGACGAAUCAUAUGCGAUAGAGAACUUCCUCAACAGUCUGAUGCCGUCACCAAAGAGUACUUUACCUGCACCACAGCUGCAUCUUGACGAAUCGACCUUGCAGACAGAGCCUUCACUUUCCCAUACAGCUUUUUCGCCACCAAGUCUGACGCCGGCAACGCUUUCACAGCCGACGCUUCCGGAACCAGUUUCAGAGGACGCGAAUAAUGACGAUUACCGACCAAACCCCAUUUCGCUGCCGGAAAUCAAAAUUCCGGAGCAUGAAAUCCCUAACGAGAUACGUUCCAAUCGUGCGAAAGUGCGAAGGUGGAAGCAUGUGUACUGCGAAAAACAGCGCCGUACGAUCUUCCGGCAGGCAUUUGACGAUCUGAUUUCUAUGGUUCGCUUCCCUAGACCGACAGAUUUAGAAAUAAGUUGUCUAAGAGGUCCCCGUGCUUGCACGGAGGACCGUGUGCGUAAGAAGCGAGCGCCGGGCGAUGGUAAGCGCAUUCCAAAGCAUGUACUCCUCAGGUAUAUCGCAGAGGACAUCGAGCUACUGUUACUGGCAAAUAGAGAACUAGAGAAUCUGCUUUCGGCAGCUGCUAAACCGUAA